AUGACAUUAACUCAUAUUCCUAAAGAAAUAUCCGAAACCCACACAAAAAAGUUUGCUAAACGAUGUUUCUUUAUGCCGCGUGUCUAUGGAAUGGGAUGUUUCAAUACUUUCGUACCAGUUAUCCCAUUUCAACAACCUAUCCCAAUGAUGCCGGUUAGCAUGAUGCCAGCUAUGAAUGGUAAUGGAAUGAAUGGCGGAAUGAUGCCAGCCAUGCAGCAAUUAGGUAUGAACGGCAAUGGAAUGAAUGGCGGAAUGAUGCCAGCUAUGCAGCCACAAAGUAUGAACAGUAAUGGAAUGAACGGUGCUAUGAGUGGUGGAAAUGGUAAUGGCAAUGGCAAUUGA